AUGGCGGCUACCGCGACCGAAACUUCGAAGCUGGACCAGCAGGUCGACCUGUCGACGAUCCCUAUCUCCCCUGGCGGUAAGGAAGAUCCUACCAAUGUCAACGCCGGUGACAAGAAGCCUGUCACUGUCUUUCACGACAAGGACAACUUCAAUGUCAAGCACCCCCUCCAGAACAAGUGGACUCUUUGGUUCACCAAGCCCCCAAGUGGCAAGGGCGACAACUGGAAUGAUUUGCUCAAGGAAGUCAUCACUUUCGACUCGGUUGAGGAAUUCUGGGGCGUUUACAAUAAUGUCGCCCCCGUCUCCGAACUGCCGCAAAAGGCGGACUACCAUCUGUUCAAGGCCGGCGUGCGGCCGGAAUGGGAGGACCCCCAGAACAAGCAUGGCGGCAAGUGGUCUUAUCAGUACAAGGAGAAGCGAGCCAUCGACAUCGACCGCCUCUGGCUACAGGUCAUGAUGGGCGCCAUCGGCGAGACGCUCGAGGACGAGGACGACGGUGAGGUCAUGGGUGUCGUCGUCAAUGUCCGCAAGGCAUUCUACCGUGUUGGCGUUUGGACUGGCACCAUCGGCAAGAGCGUCCCUGGCCGCGGCGACGGCGAUGUCGCUGGCGGCAAGGGGCGUACUGGCGAGAAGGGCAAAGAGAUUCUCAUGUCGAUUGGUCGGCGGUUCAAGGAGGUUCUGGAGCUGCCGGCCAACGAGCAGGUCGAGUUCUCCGGCCACACCGAAAGUGCGCACUCUGGAAGCACGAGAGCCAAGGCCAAGUAUGUUGUAUAG